ACCGAGAGCCUGGUUGGCAAGGGACUAGGCACGGGGGACAGAGAACGGUGGAGCCCGAGAAUCCGGGUCGAGAAGGUGGCUCCUAGAGGCCAGGAGGAGGACGAGCGUCCGGAGCGGGGCCAGAGGUCAGCCCCGGACCAAGAGGCUGCUCCGGCCGCGCGCUCCAACUUCAGACUCCGGGGGCGAGCAGCCACCGCCGCACUUGAGCUUUGGUUUCUGAAAGCGCCUUUGGCCUCCUUCUGGCCUGCUUUCCUGGGCUGCGGGAGGUGACUUCUGGGUGAAAGCCGGGCCCGCAGCGGCGCCGGACUCAGGGCGGCCGUAUUAGUCCCCGCCCCGGGGCGGUGUCAGCGGAGGGUCCCUGGAGUCCCGCUCACCACCGCCGCCGCCACGGCGGUGUGCGCCUCUCCCUCCUCGCCAGCCGAGCGGGUCGGGCGCCCGGGGUGGCCCUUUAAAAGGCAGUGUCUCGUCCAGAGGGGGUGGGCGGGGGGCACUGACCGCCAUCCGAGGCCAGGCCCCUCCCCCUCCCUCCCUUCGUCCGUCCCUCCCUCGGUCCCCGCGUCGCUCGCUCGCUCGCCGGGCGGACGCUCCGCCUCCGCCAGUCGGCUCGGCGCUCUGCUGCGCGGCGUGGAGCAGAGCCGGGGCCCGGGGCUGGGGGCUGGGAGGUCGCCGCCCGCCACGGGCAAGCUUGAGCCGCAAUGGCUGAGAUGGGUAGCAAGGGGGUGACCGCGGGGAAGAUCGCCAGCAAUGUGCAGAAGAAGCUCACUCGCGCGCAGGAGAAGGUCCUCCAGAAACUGGGGAAGGCAGAUGAGACCAAGGAUGAACAGUUUGAACAGUGUGUCCAGAAUUUCAACAAGCAGCUGAGUGAGGGCACCCGGCUGCAGAAGGAUCUCCGAACCUACCUGGCCUCAGUCAAAGCCAUGCAUGAGGCCUCCAAGAAGCUGAAUGAGUGUCUGCAGGAGGUGUACGAGCCUGACUGGCCGGGCAGGGACGAAGCCAACAAGAUCGCAGAGAACAAUGACCUGCUCUGGAUGGAUUACCACCAAAAGCUGGUGGACCAGGCGCUGCUGACCAUGGACACGUACCUGGGCCAGUUCCCGGACAUCAAGUCACGCAUUGCCAAGCGUGGGCGGAAGCUGGUGGACUAUGACAGUGCCCGGCACCAUUAUGAGUCCCUCCAGACUGCCAAAAAGAAGGAUGAAGCCAAAAUAGCUAAGGCCGAGGAAGAGCUCAUCAAAGCCCAGAAGGUGUUUGAGGAGAUGAAUGUGGACCUGCAGGAGGAGCUGCCGUCCCUGUGGAACAGCCGGGUGGGUUUCUAUGUCAACACUUUCCAGAGCAUCGCGGGCUUGGAGGAGAACUUCCACAAGGAAAUGAGUAAGCUCAACCAGAAUCUCAAUGACGUGCUGGUCAGCCUGGAGAAGCAGCACGGGAGCAACACCUUCACGGUCAAGGCCCAGCCCAGAAAGAAAACCAAACUGUUCUCCCGGCUGCGCAGAAAGAAGGGCAGUGACAACGCCCCUGCAAAAGGGAACAAGAGCCCCUCGCCUCCGCCUGAUGGCUCUCCUGCUGCCACUCCCGAGAUCAGAGUCAACCACGAGCCUGAGCCAGCCGGGGCAGCCACACCUGGGGCAGCCCUCCCCAAGUCCCCGUCCCAGCUCCGGAAAGGCCCACCAGUCCCUCCGCCUCCCAAACACACCCCGUCCAAGGAGGUCAAGCAGGAGCAGAUCCUCAGCCUGUUUGACGACACGUUUGUCCCUGAGAUCAGCGUGACCACCCCCUCCCAGCCCACAGAGAGUCCAGCUGGCAGCCUGCCUUCCGGGGAGCCCAGCGCUGCCGAGGGCACCUUUGCUGUGGCCUGGCCCAGCCAGACGGCCGAGCCAGGGCCUGCCCAACCAGCAGAGGCGUCGGAGGUGGCGGGUGGAGCCCAGGAGCCUGGGGAGCCGGCAGCAAGUGAAGCAGCCUCCAGUUCUCUCCCGGCGGUGGUGGUGGAGACCUUCUCAGCAACUGUGAACGGCACCGUGGAGAGCGGCAGCGCGGCAGGGCGCCUGGACCUGCCUCCAGGGUUCAUGUUCAAGGUGCAGGCCCAGCACGACUACACGGCCACUGACACAGACGAGCUGCAACUCAAGGCUGGAGACGUGGUGCUGGUGAUCCCCUUCCAGAACCCGGAGGAGCAGGACGAAGGCUGGCUCAUGGGCGUGAAGGAGAGUGACUGGAACCAGCACAAGGAGCUGGAGAAGUGCCGGGGUGUCUUCCCUGAGAACUUCACAGAGCGUGUGCAGUGAGGGUGUGGCUGGCGCAGCACCUGGGAGCGUGAAGAACACCACCUUUUCCCGAAAAAUGUGUGUUUCUUUCUUUCUUUCUUUUUUUUUUUUUCCUCCUGUUUUCGUUUGUAAACUUUUGAAAAGCAAAGGGAAAUUGAAGGGAGAGAGCCAAGCCAAGACGUGUUCUCCCAGAGACAAGGUUGUUUCCAGAGAACCUGGUUUCAGCAAGUCCUGUGGAGUCACCGUGUUCCUGAAGCUGCUGUGUCCCCUAGUUGAGCUCCUGCCGCACCCGCCCACGCACCGCCCUCGCCGGGUGUCGCAGCCUGUGUGCCGCUGUGGGGCGGGCCUGGGGCCUGAGCCCCCAUGCUUGCCUGGGCAAGGGCCCUCUUUUCCUGGCAGCUGCCGUGGGUGGGGUCUGGUGUUUCCAGAGACCUUGGGCCCAGACCAUCCGGGCCUGGCCCUGCCCUGCAGACCGUCUGUGUGCUGUUUGAAAAUAAAUCUUAGUGUUCAAAACAAAACGAAACAAACAAAAAAAAAAACCUGACAAAAGCA